AGCCUUCGUUGAAUAUGGAGGCUAGCAUGGAUGUUGGAGAUAGUUCUGUCAAGAUACAUCACAAAUCUUCUGUUGCUCAACGCCAUUACAAUCUUGGGCGUUCAAUGUUUUCAAAACGAUCACGCCGUUACUAUGACCAGCACUACCAAUGGCAUAACUCUGGCAACCAUUCUAAUCGAUCAACUUCUCGUGGAAAGAUUAGUCCUUUGCACGAUGAGAAAUUAUCCUUCAAGUUCACCGAGACCAACUCAGAGUCUGGAUGUCAACCAGAUGGUAAGCAUCAAGCAUCUGGCAGACCAGAAAGGAUUAGGUCUAGUUUGCUAGUGAUGGAUGCAAUAUCACCCGACAAGAUGAAGAUGAUUUGUGGCAUUUGUCAGAAGCAUUUGAGUCGGAAACCGUAUUUUUUUGGAAAUGCGUUGGCUUCCGCCGAAUUAUCUGUUGUGGCAGUUCUAGUUUGUGGGGAUGCAUAUCAUGCAGAUUGUUUGGAACAGAGAACGAGUUUUGAGAAUAGGUGGGACCCUCCAUGUCCUUUAUGUUCUGAUUCGCCAUCACAAGUUUGAUGCUUAUACUAGAAAGGACGAUUGUACAUACAAAUGUCCACAGAUUUAUUUGUCAUGCUAAUUUUCUAAACAUAUAGGACAUAUUUAAAUAGGGCGUGAAUGU